AUGGCUACCCAGACAAUAGCUGAAACUGUUCAGAAAAUUGUCACCCCUGAAACCCUCCGCUAUGCAGCCAAACAAUCAGAGCGCUGCCUUGUUAUCCCUGUCCGUCUCCGUCGUGCCAUUAAAAAAUACCUUAAAGAGCAGGAGGAGCCAUAUAUGAAGAGUAAAGUCUUGAGAUUGUCUAAAUCAUUCAAUGAAAUCAAGUAUGUCAAUCUACAGCUGGCAAGCACCACAGCAAAGAAGAUAGUUGAAGACCCUUUAAAGUCUUUUGAACAAUCAAAACGCUGGAAGAUUACGAGCUCUUAUGGGGACAUUGGUCUCACGUAUAGCGAUGAUGAGACAAUUGCUUAUGUGGCUUCUCGAAUGCCUGCUGUUUACUCUGCUUGUUACAGAGUACUUAAAGAGGUUCGCAGAAGGCUUCCUGGUUUUUCCCCAUCUAAGGUAUUAGAUUUUGGUGCCGGGACAGGUUCAGCUUUCUGGGCACUGCAAGAAGUUUGGCCAAAAGCUUUAGAGAAAGUUAAUUUAAUAGAACCAUCACAAUCAAUGCAGCGUGCAGGUCGAAGCCUUGUACAAGGUCUAAAGAAUUUGCCACUUAUUCAUAGUUACGAUAGCAUUCAAACACUUUCCAAAAGUAUCAGUAAAUCAGAAAGAGGACAUGACCUUGUAAUUGCGUCUUAUGUUCUUGGAGAGAUACCAUCAAUAAAGGAUCGAAUUACCAUAGUUCGCCAACUUUGGGAUCUAACAAGUGAUGUUCUGGUUUUGGUUGAACCAGGAACACCUCAUGGAUCUAAUAUUAUAGCUCAGAUGAGAUCUCACAUAUUAUGGAUGGAACAAAGAAAAUAUCGUAAAGCUUCUCAUAAGAAUAAUGAAGUUUGUAAAGAUUUGAUCACUCAGAAGGGUGGUGGUGCCUUUGUGGUUGCUCCUUGUCCUCAUGAUGGGAUUUGUCCACUGGUAAAAUCUGGAAAAUAUUGUCAUUUUGUUCAGCGCUUAGAGAGGACAUCAUCACAGCGUGCCUACAAGCGUUCAAAGGGUGAUCCUUUACGUGGUUUUGAAGAUGAGAAAUUUUCCUAUGUUGUUUUUAGACGUGGACCAAGGCCAAGGCAAUUAAUUUUUAUUUUGAUUUCUUUCUGUCGAUAUGGAUAUUUCUUAAGGGAACCUUGGCCCCUUGAUGGUAUCGAAUUUGAGACUCUGAAGGAACAGCACGCAAAAAGAAAUCCAGAGGAUCUUGAAAUUGACUACGAGGACUGGUUGAAGUUGCAACAAGCUGAUGAUACUCCUGAUGGUGUAGCAGAUGCAGUAACUUACGAUGGUGAUGAUUUGGAAACGGGUGACACUCCAUGUGAGGAAGUUAAUGCUGUAACUUAUGAUUCUGAUGCUAUAGAAACCGACGGUGCUGAUAGUGACAAUGAAUACGAAAGGGAAGAAGAGAGAGCCAGUGCUGAUCUUGGAGGUGGCUGGGGCAGGAUUGUCUUCAUGCCUGUCAGAAGGGGUAGACAGGUCACAAUGAAUGUGUGCAGAUCCACCAAAAAGGAUGCCUCAGAGGGUUCAUAUGACCGUAUUGUGGUCACAAAGAGCAAGAACCCUACCUUGCAUCAUCAGGCCAAAAAAUCUAUCUGGGGUGACCUGUGGCCCUUUUGA